CACAGUCUUUGUGAAAUGAAGGUUCUUGUGCUUUUGGCAAUUUUCGCGCUAACAGCUUCGGCUGCUCCUCUCGAUGAUGAGGACGACAAUGGACGCGUCAGUGGAGAGAAUGGCUGGUAUGUACCGCAGCUUGAUGGUUCCUUAGUCUGGAUGAGUACUGAAGAAGGCGAAAACCUUUUGGCAGAAUAUGAGAAGAAAGAAGAAAUGGAAGGGCGUGCUUUGAGCCUCUCCCCAGUCACCUACUACCUGUAUACCAAAUCCAAUCAAUAUGACGCACAAAAAAUUACCGCUAACAAGAAAACCAUUUCCAACUCACAUUUCAAUGCCGAUCAUCCAACACGGUUUUUGAUUCAUGGCUGGACUCAGGGUUAUGAAGCCGAUAUGAAUACUCAAAUUCGCGACGCUUGGCUGUCACAUGGUGACUACAACAUUGUCGUUGUUGACUGGGGACGUGCACGUUCUGUUGAAUAUGUCUCAUCCGUCGCUGCUGUUCCCGGUGUAGGAAAGAAGGUUGCCAGCAUGAUUGACUACAUGGCUAGCAAUAAUGGUUUGAACUUGGAUACACUCGAAGUGAUCGGUCACAGUUUGGGUGCUCAAGUUGCCGGCUAUGUUGGCAAGAAUGUCGGCGCUGGCAAAAUUCACGGUAUUGUCGGUCUGGACCCUGCUCUUCCACUCUUUAGCUACGACAAACCCAACAAACGUCUCAAUUCGGAUGAUGCUCACUAUGUAGAAUCAAUCCAGACAAACGGUGGAAAGCUGGGUUUCCUAAAACCAAUUGGUAAAGGUGCCUUCUACCCGAAUGGUGGCAAGAAACAACCAGGUUGUGGUACAGACUUAACUGGUUCCUGCAGUCAUGCACGCUCGUGUAUUUACUACGCUGAGGCCGUACGUGAAAAUAACUUCCCUUCCAUGCGUUGCGGUGACUACGAAGAUGCAGUUAAGAAGGACUGUGGCGGACAAUACAGUGGCGUGAAAAUGGGUGCCGUUUACAAUUAUGAAUUUGUUAGUGGUGAUUACUAUGUUCCAGUGCGCAGCACUGCUCCAUAUGGAUAUGGCAGCUAAAUAAGUCACGAAACUGAUAUGAGUGAAAUCAAAUAAACACAGGGAAAAACGAAAUAAAUUAUAUUCAGUUGUAUUUUAAUAAUAAGAAUUAUUAUAGACUUUCAUUGAAAUAGUUUGUCUAAAUAUAACACCAUCAAUAAACUUGUUUAAUUAUGUCAUCAACAACAA